GUCGCCUGGUCUUUGGGACAGCCUCUCACUCAACAUCUCUAUAGCACUCACCAACUGGGAAACUAACUCAACUGCAACCUCUCCAACCAAAUAACGCUCAACGUUAGAUUACUGCCAACAGACAUGGAAACCCAGAAAAGACACGAACACCACUCAGUUUGCCACACCUGCCGGAGAACGGAAAACACAAGAAUGAAGGUCAAGAUGAUGUCUUCGUCAAAUCGAGUGCUGGUCAUUGCGCUGGCACUUACUCUGUACAUCGUUGAAGUGGCCUCGGCAGAAACGCUAUGUGGAGGAGAGCUGGUGGACGCGCUGCAGUUCGUCUGUGAAGAUAGAGGAUUCUAUUUCAGUAGGCCAACCAGCAGGUCUAACAGCAGACGCUCCCAGAACCGUGGUAUCGUGGAGGAGUGUUGUUUCCGUAGCUGUGACCUCAACCUGUUGGAGCAGUACUGUGCCAAACCUGCCAAGUCAGAGAGGGACGUGUCGGCCACCUCUCUACAGAUCAUUCCCAUGGUGCCCACACUCAAACAGGAUGUCCCAAGAAAACAUGUGACUGUGAAGUAUUCCAAAUAUGAGGUGUGGCAGAGGAAGGCUGCUCAGCGGCUCCGGAGGGGCGUCCCGGCCAUCCUCAGGGCCCGGAAGUUCCGGAGGCAGGCGGUGAAGAUCAAGGCCCAAGAGCAGGCGAUGUUCCACCGGCCUCUGAUCACCCUGCCCAGCAAGCUUCCCCCAGUCCUGCCCCCCACGGACAACUACGUCAGCCACAAUUGAGCCUCCUCACCAGCACCCCAACUCCCCCAUCGAAAGCCCUUUGCACAGACAACGAGUUUGGAGGGAGAUGAAGAA